AUGUCGAUGUCAAUGUCAAUGUCAAAUAUAGAGAAGAAGGAGGAGGAGGAGAGGUGGUCGCAAGGACUCCCAAAUGACAUCUUGCAAUCGUUAGCACAACGGCUGUACUGCCUGUACAUAUCAGAUUACAGAGUGUUUCGCCAAGUAUGCCCUUUUUGGAUAGCCGCUGUUGAUAGUGUUGCUGUUUCUUAUUCUUCUUCUUCACCACAUUAUCUUGGGUCCAUUGAGGGGUGGCUUAUUCUAGCUGCUAAACAUCGUUACAAUAACAAGACCAAGGCAGUCAACUUCUUUUUAAAUCCAGUAACACAUGCCCGAGUCAUGAUCCCAUCACAAUCCAUCAUUACAAGCCGGGCCCCCUACAGCAGAUGCAGACUGUCCUUCUUCAAGAAAGUUGUCGCCUCAUCACCACCAACAAGGCUGCCGAUGAAGCAGGAAUGCCAACUGAUUCAUCAUGGACCUUCAUUGAGACCAAAGACUUGCUCAAGUUUAAUUAAAGAUAUAGAAAUCCUUGAUGGGAAAUUGUAUGCUGUAACGACUGUGGAGCAAGCCUCGGCGUUUCUAAUGGUAUAUGACAUCCUCCCUGCGCAUGCCAAUGGUUAUAGGGUGCAUUCCAAGAACACAUUCCGUUUGUUCAAGCUGGAUUACAAUAAGACUAAUGGUGGACCACCAUGGGAGGAGGUUGUUGACCUUGGUGAUCGAAUGUUGUUUCUGAGCGACGCAAGUAGUAUGUUCAUCGAGGACAAGACACUUGGAAAAAACUGCAUCUUUUUUGCUAUCAAUGAUGAAGGUGCUGGUAGUGAUGGUGCUUUUGGGGUGCAUUCCUUGAUAGAUAGGAACAUCAAACUGCUUGCUUUGCCUCAGGAUACAUCAUCUACCAUAAUCAAUGUUUUCAGUCGAACUCUUUGGUUCACACCACUUCCAUGGUAG